CAAAAAUGGAUAGUGCUUUCUCAAUCCAGCAAGAAGAAAUCUUGAAGGUUCUGGAACCUAAUAAUUUAAAUCCGUCUUCUUUCUCCUCAGAUCUUCCUAAUGGACAAAAUAAUCGUGCCGAAUUGCCUAUGAAAAUUCAGAAAAAGGAUUCAAGAGAUAAACCUAUUACCAACUCAAAACCCAGCCUGACCAGCAAGCCUGCUUUCUGCAAAAAUCCAUUCGGUUCAAAAUAACCCUCCAGCUCCAUCCAAACCUUCUGCCCCAUUCAAAAAUCUCAACACCUUCAAUGACCACCAACCCUUAAUCUCUACAAGCAGUAAAACCAGCCUCAAAGACCCUCAAAUCCCCUCCCCUCCCAAAAACACUUCCCAACAACCCCCCAAUCCCGAAGAACCCACCUCAAAUAUAUAAACUUGAUUAAUCUUGAUAUUGGAGGUGAAGGAGAAGGAGAAGCUUAUCUUCCUAAAAGUGAAAGGAAGGAAAAGGAGAGGAGUAGUGAAGAGGAGAAAGAGAUAGAUGGAGAUGGGGGUUUUGGAGAUAAGGAGUUGGUACACCAAAUGGAUGAUAUCGAAGAGAGAAGCAUUCAGAAGAAAGAAAAAUUUGAAUUUAAAGAGACCCACAAUCGAUUUGAACCCGACUUGACCACUUCUUCAUAUUCUAAUUCGAUUAUGAGCAUGAACUGCACCAAACUUGAUGAGCUGAAACGCCAGCAGGCAAAAUUAGACAAAAUUCAGGCUGAAAAGUCAAAACUUGAGGCUUAUCUUAACUAUCAGCAGGAGAUGAGCACUGUAAAACAACAGAAAGAGCAGUGACAGUACAAAGAUGCGCAAGAAGUAGACAUUGAUCUUAUAAUCCAUACCUAUGCAGUUAUCAUCCAGAAAAAUGCAAGAGUUUGGCUUGCCAAAAGGUAUGUUAAUUAUCUAAGAAAGCAAAGACAACAAGAGGUAGCACAAAGCGUAGAAUCUUCUCCAGCCAGAGGCUGGUCUAACCUUAAGGAUACCCUUAGCCAGAUGCAAGAUUUAGUCAGGACUUGUGGAAAUGAUUCUAAAGAGAGAUUCAUUCAAGCUGCUAUUACUAUUCAAAAAUGGGCCAGAGGAAGGUUCAUCAGGAAACUACUAAAGCCUUACUUUGAGCUUUAUCGAAGAGUUACACCCAUUAUGAAUGUUAUUGAAAAAUGUAGCAAAACUGUCCCUCUAAGAAACGGAUUCUACGCUCUUGUACGGAAUGCAGCUCCAGAGAAAGACCCAUCAGAAAAUUCGAAAUCUGCAGAUAAAAGUGAGAUUGUGAGUCAAGUUGAUAUGGCACAAGAAAAGGAAAUUCUCGAAAAUUUGCAUAAGAACAACCAGAAAGGAUUUGAGACUCAAGGAAAUCAAUCCAAUGAGGAUUCUUUUAUUGAAGAAGGAAACCAGACCUAUAAGCUAAUUAUGAGCAAUCCUAAUGCAAGCAAUCAUGAAGGAUUUUCUAUUGAAGAUGACUCUGAUUCUGAUAGUAGUGGAACAGACCCUGAGAAUGAAAAAUAUUUUGAAAAAGUAUCGAAUGACAAAUAUGAACAACUAUUAGAUCAAGUUCAUAUUGAGCCAAUUGCUGAAGAGGAUGGAGAAGAAUCAAAGUAUGCACCUACUCCGCAGAAGACUCUGACUACAAAAAUGAGUGAAAAUAAAGCUGUUGAAUGAGUGAAACAACUUAAAGCAAAAGAAUUAGAGAAGAGGCUUGAUGUUGAAGAAAAUGAGAACAAACCAAAGAAUUUCAAAUCUGCUGAUGCUCAAAAGCCAAAAGCAACUUUAAAAACUCAAAAGAACUUACCACCUAAACCUCCUCUAAGAUCUAUCACAGGUAUGGAACAUAAGGCUGGUGGUAAGGGUCCUCAAGCUAGACAUAUGAAAAAUGUUCCUUCUACAACUAAAGCCUCAUCUCAGAAUGAGACUCCAAAAUCUCUGAAUAGCGCUCACCCUAUCAACUAUCCAGCAAAGAGGAAGCCGACUCCUAAUGAUUCUCAAAUAAGUUCAGAGAAUGGGAAGGCGAUAGCAGAAAACUCUCGGGCUUUAAUGCUCUAUGAGACUCCGACUGUGGCAUCUCAGCAUAAAAAGCAAGGAGCUUAUAAGCCUGAAGAGAACCUCCCUCCUUGGGGAAUCCAAUCAGUCCAUUCUAAGCAUGCUAUUGCUAAAAGGACUCCUUCUGCAACAACAAGGACCACUGUUACUCCUCGAGCUAAUACUCUCAAGAGAGGGAAGACUUCAGUGACAAGCACAGCACUUGUGGUUAAAGAAGAUUCAGUGAACAAGACUCAUAAUCACAUACAGAGAGAUAUCAAAAUUAGGAAGAAUAAGAGAAAUCGGUCUCGUCAAAGUCACAAGAACAAUGCAAGGAAGAUGAAUACCUCUCACUCGAAUACUUCAAAAACUCGUCUAAACUCCAAAGACAGAAAGGCGUCAAUGAAGAGGCUUGGAAUUAAAAAUAAUCUCCCAAAGAAGAAAAAUCCAGCUCCAUCUGUUGAUGAAGAGAAGUACAGGAUUCAAAGGUUCCUGGAUUCUUUCUUCCAAAAUGAAGCUAAUUCAAAUAAAUUCACAGAGGGUGAGAAGAGAAAAUUUGCAAUGAACUUUAAGAAAGCAUAUAUUGAGAACCAAUAUGGUAAUGUUCCAGCUCCACAAAAGCCUAAUCCUCAGAAGCUAAAGGCCUUACCUGCUCCUCCUGUGGUGAAGAAGAAGCCUCUACAAGAGAUCUUACCACCAGUCAUGAAGCAUGAAGAAGACCCUAAACCUGCAAUUAAAGAUGAAGAGCCUCAGGAAAGACUUGGCAAUGUAAAGAUGUACUCCAACGCUUUUAAGAACAAUUUUAACUUCAUGGGUAAAAAGGAUGAUGACUCUAUCUUUGGGGAUGACUCAAGUUAUAAGUACACAACGGACCAGAACGACCAUAAUGAUUUCUCAAACCCAAGUAAAAUGAUGUACGACAAUCUGACUUCCCAAGAAUCUGAUGAAAAGCCAAAAUGAGAAAAUAAAGGGAGAAUUGGUAAUCUGCCAAGUAUGAAUGGAUCGAACAAGGCGGUUGUUAAGAUCCCAACCGCUCCGAAGGUCUCUAAAACAUUUGCUGAGUCCAUGCCUAUGUAUGCCAACAUUAUCGAAAUGUAUGGCAACAGCUUUAAAAAUGUUAACAAGAAUUAA